GUUAAAAAAUAAAUAUAAGGGCGGCCAUCUUUGUUUCUCUGCCUUGUAGUGUAAAAUAUUCCAAAACGCCCCCACUUUUUGUGUGUCGAUUUGAAUAUUAAAUAAAUAUCAUAAUUCGGAAGGAAUACACUUUUGGAUCUCGCGGAACGGGGUCACCGACGGGAAUAUAAUGUCCUCUCUUCUCCGUUCUUGUGAGGAAGAUGAGGGCACGGCGGUUAAUUCCGAGGGAGGAGAUCUUGAUGAAGAAGAAGAAGACGACGGAGACCUGGACGAGAACGCAAGCGACAUAAACUCACCGGCGGCGCCUAGAGAAACUGCAGCAAGAGCCGCGCCAGAUGAUGGCGAUGACAUUGGUGAGACAUCGGACAGGGACAACCUGGGGAAAAAGAAACGAGGCCCUAAGAAAAAGAAAGAGACAAAAAAGAAGGACAAGGACAAGGAGGGGAAGAUGGCCAAAGCACGCAAGCGCAAAAAAAUAGACAGUGACGUAGAGAGAGACUCAGAGCCAGACUAUGCCAUGAACUCUGACAGUGCUGCCAGCGAUUAUGGAGGAGAGAAGAAAAAGAAGAAGAAACACAAGGACAAAAAAGAGAAGAAAACCAAGAAAAAGAAAAAAGACGAUGAAGACAGCACACAUGAAGAGACCACAAAGGUUAUCCUUUAGCACUGUCUAUGCCUCUUCUUGCUCUGCCUGCGGAGCUGCAUGCUAUUUCCCAUAAACUUUGCUGAUACAGGUUGUGUGCUUCAGGGCUCACAAAAUCACUAGCCUGACAUCCUGGGGCUAUUGUGUUUUCCAGUCGGACUACCAAAGUGCAUCACCGCCAUUUAUCUUGAAAUA